AUGGCGACGGGUGCUCGCACCGCUGUGUCGCAAAUUCUGCGUAAUAAAGAUGACGUUGGUGAGGAAGAAGAUGAACCUAAAAAGAAGUCCAGGGAGGACUGGAGGAAAGCUAAGGAGUUGGAAGAGGCUCGGAAGGCUGGUACAGCACCUGCUGCUGUGGAUGAGACAGGCAAGGACAUAAACCCUCACAUUCCACAGUACAUAUCUUCUGCACCAUGGUACUAUGGCACAUCUGGACCGACCCUGAAGCAUCAGAGGCCACAGGAAGACAAGGAAGCUUCCUUUACUAAACUGGACACGUACUACCAUAAGGGAGUGGACACAACCAAAUUAGCAACAAAAUAUAGGAAGGGAGCUUGUGAAAACUGUGGAGCAAUGACACACAAAAAGAAAGACUGUUUAGACAGGCCUAGAAAGAUUGGAGCCAAAUUCACAAAUGCUGGUAUUGCAGCAGAUGAGUUUGCGCAACCGAAUUUGAACCUGAGUUAUGAUGGCAAGCGUGACAGAUGGAAUGGUUAUGAUCCUCUGCAGCACAAGGCUAUCAUUGAGGAAUACCAGAAAGUUGAAGAUGCUAAGAGAGAACUCAGAGCUAAGAAGUUGGAACAAGAUCCAACAGCCACUGAGGAUGACGACAAUGCUGAGGAAGAUGAGGACAAGUAUGUAGAUGAAGUGGACAUGCCUGGUACUAAGGUGGACUCGAAACAACGUAUCACAGUGCGUAACUUGCGUAUUCGAGAGGACACCGCCAAGUACUUGCGGAACUUGGACCCCAACUCCGCUUACUACGACCCCAAGACGCGUUCCAUGAGGGACAACCCUAAUCCUGCUGCGGCUGAAUCAGACUAUCAAGGCGAGAACUUCGUCCGGUUUAGCGGAGACACUCGUUCUCACGCGGAAGCCCAGAUGUUUGCAUGGGAGGCGCAGUCCCGCGGCCUCGACGUGCAUCUACUGGCCGAGCCGACCAAGCUGCAACUACUGCAGCGACAGUACCACCAUAAGAAGGACCAUUUUAAAUCACAGGUGAAAGAAUCCAUAUUAGAGAAGUACGGUGGCGAGGAACAUUUGGCCGCUCCCCCCAAGGAGCUGCUACUGGCUCAGACGGAAGUGUUCACGAGAUACAACAGAGAUGGUACACUUGUACAGGGACCUGAGAAACAGCUCGCUAAGAGUAAAUACGAAGAAGAUGUAUUGAUAAACAACCACACGUCCGUGUGGGGCUCGUACUGGCAUGAUGGACAGUGGGGAUACAAGUGUUGCCACUCCUUUAUAAAGAUGUCGUAUUGCGUCGGCGAGGCCGGCAAAUCCGUGGUGUUGGAUGUGUCUGAAGAGAAAGCAACUGUUUCACAAGAACACAUAGAGAAGAAAGAAAAAGAAAAAGAAAAGGACAAAGCAGAAAAAUCCUCAUCAUCAUCAGAAUCAAGUUCAGACAGCAGUUCCUCAGACUCUGAGGUGGAAAUUAGGUCUAAGACAGAAAAGACUAGCAAGAAAAAGAAGAACAAGAAGAAAGCCAAAAAGAAGAAGAAGAAGGACCUUAAAAAGGAGAAACGGGAGGAGGAUAAAUUGAAAAAGGCUCUAGAGAUGGAAGAAAGGCAACAAAAACGUGCAGAUUAUCUUCUUUCGGUGGACGAGAGGAAACGUCCGUACAACAGUAUGUACGAAGUAAAGGCACCCACAGAAGAUGAACUGGAGGCGUAUAAAAUGAAGAAGAGGCGCGAAGAGGACCCUAUGAGCCAAUUCCUAUGA